AUGGCCACCCCACCACAGACCCCUCCAAGCGAGGCACCCGCCACAGCAACGCCGACAACGACAAUGACCGGCAAGCCCAUCCACAGCCUGGUGCUCGACACGGGCCCUCUGAUCAAAAACGACCCGACCGUCAGCGCGCUGCUCGCGCAGGCCGAGCAGCUCUACAUCCUCCCCUCCGUCCUCCCCGAGAUCCGCGACGCCGCCACGCGGACCCGCGUCGAGACGCAGCUGCUGCCGUUUGUCACGGUCCGCGCACCGCACCCCAAGAGUGUUGCCCUGAUCCGCGAGUUUGCGCGCAAGACGGGCGACCUGGGCGUCCUGAGCAGGCCCGACAUCGAGGUCCUGGCGCUCGGCUACGACCUCGAGUGCGAGCGCAACGGCGGCGACUGGCGCCUGCGCAGCACGCCGGACCAGACGCGCGUCAACGGCAAGCCUCCCCAGAGAGUUGAGACCGCCGAGGCGUUGAAACAGGAGGACGACGUAGCUGCGGACGAGACGGAGACGCCGGUGCCGCAAAGAGCUGAGCCUGCGGAGGCGCCGAAACAGGGAUACGUAGCUGCGGACGAGACGGAGGCGCCGGUGGCUGCGAUGGAGAAGCUGGAUGUUGCUGAUUCCGCCAAGCCAGAGGACGCCACCGAAGCCGUCGAUGGCGCCGUGAGCGAAGAGACCACAAAGCCAGAGGAGACCCCCGCUGCUGAGGAACCUGUAGUGUACGAGGUAGAAGAGGAGGAUGAGGAGGAUGGCGAGGCGUCCGACGACGACGGCGGCUGGAUCACGCCCUCCAACGUCAAAAAGCACAAAUCCCAAGGCAACGGCUCCACGCCGGCGACGAGCCCGCAGCGCACCCUGCAAGCCGCCAUCCUGACGUCCGACUUUGCCAUGCAAAACGUGGCGCUGCGGAUGAACCUGAACCUCGUGACGCCGGCCUUUGCGCGCAUCACGCGGCUCAAGACGUGGGUGCUGCGCUGCCACGGCUGCUUCGCCGUCAGCAAGGACAUGGAGCGGCAGUUUUGCCCGCGCUGCGGGCAGCCGACGCUGCUCCGCACCAGCACCUCGACCGACGAGCAGGGCCGCGUCCGGCUGCACCUCAAGCGCGCCUUCCAGUGGAACAACCGCGGCAACGUCUACAGCGUGCCCAAGCCCGUCCACGGCACCCCCCACGGCCGCCUGCCCAAGCACGCCGGCGGCGCCAACAACUGGGGCGCACACCUCGUCCUUGCCGAGGACCAGAAGGAGUAUUCCCGCGCCGCCGACGCACAGCGCAGGCAGAAGAAGAAGGACCUCAUGGAUGACGAGUUUCUGCCCGGCAUCUUGACGGGAGACCGCGCCGGCGGCGGCAAGAUCAAGGUCGGUGCCGGCAGGACGAUUAAUUCGCGCCGGAGACGUUGA